AUGACGGCUACACUCAUGCCACAAAGGCAGGCGCCCUGGGUCAUCUGUGUGGUUCUCAUGGCCGCAGCUGCAGUUCCGUGUGUUUGUUGCCUUCCGGAGGACGCCCCUUGUCCAAAAGGUGCUCGGAUCCACCUGGCCAGCCCGCGAUGCUAUUGGCUCUCUGAGAGGACGUCUUCGUGGCCUGAGGCACAGGAUGCAUGCAGGGAGACUCGGGGCGGAGAUCUGGCGUCUGCCGGCAGUCCCGAGCUGCAGAACUUCGUUCAUUCCUCAUUUCCAGCGAAAACCACCGUGUGGAUAUGGCUGAAGAGGUCUGACCAGGCCGCGGAGCCAGUUAGUCCUGCAUGGUGGGCCGGAGGCCGCGAAGGUCGGGGGGCUUGUGCUCAGAUGGCCUUGGGGUCACGGGGACGGUGGAGAGACGCUCAGUGUGUUGGACGCCACCGCUUCCUCUGUGAAAAAGAAGUAACUGAGUCUUUGCCUUCUGUGGACCGCUACCUGACUGGAUUGGCGCUCAUGACCGGCGUCUACACUCGGACCCAGAUACAGCCCUUUGCCAAUGUCCCGGACAUCGGGCAGCUCACAGUGGAGAUGCAGCUGUUCCCAGGGAUGUGGUUCAGUCACGCCGGUCAGUUGGUAUCAGUGGAGCUGGUGGUCCAGCCCAGCCCAGUGUCCUCUCUUGCCCGAGUCCAGAUCCUCCGACCCUACUGCAACCCCAACCACCACCUGGUGCCUCCAGGUUGCAGCUCUCUCCUCAAUCCAUUUAGCUGCUGCUCGGCGGUACCGCUGUGUAACACCACAGGGGGCUGCAGCAUGGGCCAGUAUUGGUGCCACCUGCUGGAGGGCUGUGUGCCCACCACCAGUCCCUGCAGCCCCUACGACUCUGCAGCCGGGGCCCGCGGCUUUGCUUUACCGCCCAGAUACCUUGCAAUACCCCCCUUUUACCACCUGGUGGCAGACCUGCCUCUGAGAAUAAACCCUAGCUCGGAACUCAACAGUUUAAGCCUGCUUCUUCCAGAUCGAGCGAUCGUUGUGUACCCUGAUGACAUUGUGGCUAUACAGCACACUCGCGACUCUGGUGCAUUCCUGCAUUGCCUGAACGGCGACGCCUCUUUAAGCUCCCCGUGGCGCCAGAGUUACGUGUCGCUGAGGAGGACGGAGUGGGGAGGCUGGUGGGAGGGGGGCCUCACUUCCCCGCCCCAAGGAGGCCAGUGGGUGGACGGGGCGGUGUGUGAUCUGAGGAUGCUGUACGUGGACAAUCUCAAUAGAGCUACCGAGCACGACGACAGCUUCGGCUUCAACCAGAGAGAGACAACCGCCGCCCCAGAUAUGUGGGCCCUGACAACUGGUCCUACUGCGAGUGCGAGAUCUCCGUUUGGGCUUCGCAUCGUUCACCCCGUGCCGGAUGAAAAGAACCGGAUUCAUGUCCAGAUCAACGUCCCAACACUCAUUGUUAUCAAGGUCCUGUCUGGAGGCAAGGCCAGCAGCUCAUGGUCAGCUCCAGUUCUUCGGACCGGGGUGCCCUUCCUUCCAUCUUGCCCCGAAGAGGUGGCUCACUCUCGGGCUGGCUGUGAGAGACAGUCCCGGGAUGCCUGGUUCUCCUCUGCGACCCUGGUUUUGCCCUUGGUCGGUCUUCAAACGCUGAACAUCAACGUGAUGGAUGCAGUAAGCCCUCAGAGUGUGAGUGUGAGUGUCUGUGGCUACGAGGCAGUGACGGGGCUCAGUGUUGAGCCACACGGAUGCUGGAGGAUGCUCGUAGACACUCCACAGUUAUUUAUAGCCAAAGUGGAGAGUGGUUCCUCAGUAAGAUUCACAUGGGUGAUUGACAACCUGGAGAAGUUUGCCUAUGAAGGAGAAUCCUACAGUAUGGUUUUCAAGAAACCUGCUGAGUAUAAGCUCAGGAGCCAACAAAUCCUCCUGACUGCCGAUGAAUUGACCCCGCUGGCUGAGCCAGAGUUCCUGUUCGCCAAGGAGGUCGUGGCUGUGGAUGCUGCACACCUCUACACCCUCAGGGUCAAAGUGGACAUCUCCCUGCCAGUCACCUUCAGAUGGGAUUUUGGGGAUGGCAGUAGCAAGGUGAUCCACAACCAUUCUGCUCCGUGUCAGAUCAUGGAAGGGCUUACAGCGAGAGGAGAGAAGCAAGUAUAUGUUCAGGACUCUGUGAACUAUACCUAUCCCAUCCCAGACAACUACCCACUUCACGUCCAAGUCUCCAACCAAUAUGACAACACCGAUGCGUCACUGAAGAUAAGCGUCCGCCCGCAUUUAAAUCACCUCCUCAUUUCCACUUCCCUUUCCGUGGCCCUAGUCAAACAGACUCUCCUUCUGGAAGCUUUCGCAGAGCCCUCCACCUUAGCCAUUGUCUACACAUGGGACUUUGCCGACGGCUCUGAAACUGUCCAAGGCACGUACUGUAGGGUCAGCCACGCGUUUGCAUCUGCAGGAGUUUAUAACGUCACAGUGCGUGCCAACAACACUCUUGCAGUCCUGACCGCCUGGCUCAUGGUGGAAGUUAUGGAGAAAAUCUCUGGAUUAAUGGUCAGCUGCAAUGGACCCAGUGAACUAAGCUCUGCAACAGAUUUCAGAGUGGCAGUAGCCACUGGUACAAGUCUCAUGUGGAAUUUUGACUUUGGUGAUGGGUCCCUGCAGGGAAACUGGACAGAUGGUUCCAUCUCCCAUGUCUAUGAAUUGCCAGGGAACUAUACAGUAGAUGUAACUGUCUCCAAUACUCUCAGCCAAGCUCAUCAGUCUAUCGAUGUAGAAGUCUAUAGAUUGGCUGUUAGUGGAGUUUUUCCUCAAGAAUACGUCAUGAGUAGAAGAGACAUACAGUUUACCGCUCGGGUGAAUGGGAACAUAUCCAUUCUGACUUUCCAUUGGCUGUUUGGAGAUGGAUCACCGUUGAGUGUAGUGAGUGGACAGUCCACGGCCAUGCACACGUUUCAAAGCCAAGGGAUUUCUUAUAUCAGCCUGACUGUGUUUAGUUCUGCUACAUUUGUAUCAUUUAAUACAAGUAUCUGUGUUGAAGCGCCAAUAAGCAACAUGACAGUGCUGGCAUCACAGGAAGUAGUAGCAGUAGGAGAAGAGACAUGCCUUAGGGUGUUAAUUUCCCCUCUACAGCUGAAUGCUUGCAUAUUGAAAUGGUUUCUCAGCCCAUCUAGUCUCAUUGCUGUGACAGAAAACGCUCAAAAGUGUUUUACUUUUAGAGAUGAAGGUGUUGAAGAGGUAUCAGUAACGGCGAGUAACAAAGUCAGCAACAAAACAGCCAGAGUUUGUAUCAUCGUUCAAAACCCCGUAAAAAAGCUGUCUGUGGCGCAUGAUAGUGAAAGUGGCACGCUGACAGUGAAUACAUUAGUGUCAUUUUGGGUUGCCAGUUGCACUGGCAGCAAUGUGUCAGUGCUGUGGGACUUUGGAGAUGGAUCUCCGGUGGAACGGAGGCCAAAUGUGUCACACGUCUUUACUUCAGCGGGUCAGUUCACGGUGAAUGCCACAGCAUUUAAUGCUGUUAGCCGUGAUUCUGUGACCCUUAAAGUCAAUGUUUUACUUAUUAUUUCAGACAUUUCCCUUCACACCAACCAGCCUUAUGCUGUAGUUGGGGAAGAAACUAUUAUCUCAGCAAUUAGCAGUGCUAUCAGUAGCACCAACUACUACUGGACUGUUGACGGUAUAACCUCCACCAAACAGGGGACUUAUCAGUUUAGAUUUGCUUUCCUGAAACCAGGGGUUUAUCAAGUAAGGGUUACAGCACAGAACUUGGUGAGUAGAAAGGAAGCAGCUAUUUUGAUUGAAGUCUUUGAAAGAAUAGAGGGUCUUCAGAUUGAAUGUCAGAGCCUAACAAACAUGAAAUACGUACCAACCCAAGAGAACCUGUUGUUUACUGCUUCAAUCACCCAGGGAUCCAAUGUCACUUAUCACUGGCUUGCUACACAGAGUGGAUUAAGCCGACACAUCUCUGGUGAUGGAGAGCUUUUUCAUAUGUUAGCUGACACUCCUGGUGGGAUUUCAGUUCAGCUAAGAGCUUGUAACAAGUUGGGUGAGGCCACCAGCAUUGUUUCUUUAGGGGCAGUCCAGCUUGUAACAGGUGCACACAUUACGACACAAUCAAACAUUGUGGCAUUAGGGAAAUUAGUGAACAUCUCUGUAUCCGUGGUUACUGGCUCAGACCUACAGUACCUUUGGUUUGUGAAGUCUGAUCUGUCACCCCUGCAAACCAAAGCGCCAUUUCUUCUCCACACUUUUGCAAGUGUUGGUCGUUGUCUCUUUAAAGUUUCAGUUCAGAAUGUCCUCAGUCACAGCAAUGUCACCAAAGAGUUUAAUGUGCAAGAGGAGGUCCAAGAGGUGGACUUUGAAAUUGAAGGAAAGACGCAUCCCUUUUAUUUCACCACCAGUGCUGCCGUUCAACUCCAUGGGCGUAUUAGGAAGGGUAGUGAUCUGCAAUGGAACUGGAAAGGUAGAGGUGCUAUGCUUUUUAAUGCUUCUAAUCAGACCUUUAGCCACACUUUCCCAUGUGCAGGCAUCUAUCAGGUGUCUUUGAAUGUCUCCAAUGGGAUAAAUUGGCAGGUGGUUUCACACAGUGUCGCAGUUGAGGAUGCAAUCAAAGGACUAAGGCUGAACGUUUCCGAGUCUUCUUUCUGCACCGAGGAAGAAGUAACUUUCAUUCCGACAAUCUCCAAAGGGAGCAAUGUGAGCUUUGCUAUAACAUUUAGAAACAAAGACUGGAUUCAUACUCAGGAUAUUCUUGAAGGGCGGUUCACCACAUCAACCCUUCCAGCAGGGACACAUCUAGUUACAGUGAAAGGUUGGAACCACAUCAGUGGUGCAGAGGUAUCUUCCAGCAUUUUGGUCACUAAGCAUAUUCAAGGUUUGCAACUUAUGAACUGUUGUUCUGAUCCUCUAGAGGCUCUGAAAGGAAUCAUAUUCAAGGCAGAAGUUCAAAGUGGUUUUCCAGUCAACUACACCUGGAUAUUUUAUUUGGUGGGGUCUGAGCCCACCUGGCUCACGGGACAAGAAGUGAUCUUUACUCCCCCAGAGAGUGGUUCAUUGUCUUUUAGCGUGCUUGCCACCAAUGGAAUCUGCUCCAAGACGGUAAAUGAUACUGCCACAGUUCAGUGGCCUGUUAAGAAGGUCAAGCUUGUCUGUCAAUCAGAAAGAAUAUUUGUUGGACACGCUGUCGAAUUUUCUGCAAAAGUGAAUAGAGGGAGCAAUCCCAGAUACCUCUGGUACUUUGGAGAUUCUGCUGAAGCAUUUGUGACAGACUUGAGCACAGUCAAUCAUACUUAUUAUAUUCCUGGGAAAUACAGUGUUACAGUCAAAGUUCUCAACAGUGUCAGCAAUGUGUCCACCCAACUACACAUGGAGGUGGAGCAGCCCCAGUGUUCCAGCCCUCAAGCUUCUCUUGUCCAGAGCCAGUCUACUAUUUUCAGGUCCAGACAGAGCGUCUUUGAAGCAAGCGUGGACAAUAACUGCUCUGCUUACAAAGCCACAUACUUAUGGGAGAUACUCAAAGAGUCCAAUUGCACUAGUUUAGAAUUCUAUGGCAACAAAGUUGCUCUUAGAAGUCAGGUAGAUGCAACGUCCCCUUUUCUCUUACUCCCGAAGCAUACUCUCGGUAUGGGAGAGUAUUGCCUCAUAUUCACCGUUUCACUCCAGGGAACUCCUCUACUUGUCAGACGAAGAACCAGCGUUACAGUGGUCUGCUCAUCGCUAACAGCUGUUAUCAAGGGAGGAUCACACAGACUGUGGCCCAGUCUCAGUGACCUCAUCCUAGACGGAUCUGAGUCCCAAGACCCCGAUGUUGAGCCAGGAGUGGAGGAUACACUGCAGUACAACUGGACCUUCAUGCCAGUGGUGACUGUGUGUAAAGCUCCGGUGCUUCCUGUGAUUGUAGAGUGUGUGUCCUGCUCUGUCCUGUCCUCCCCUCACCACAUUAGUUACAACAGCCCCAUCAUCCUCUCUGGACAAUGUGGACAGUGUGAUGACCAGGCUCAGUACAAAUGGAGUGCUGAAGACCAGACUGGCGUGACCCUUGACCUUAACGAGGCAUCCACUUCUACAGGGAGGCAUUCUCCUAACUUGGUGGUGCGUUCAGGUGUCCUGCCGGCAAGGCAGAGUUAUACCUUCACUCUCAAUGCAUUCCAGCCUGGCAGAGGGCUGUGGGGCAGCGCCAGCCUGACGAUACUACCUAACAAUCCACCACACGGAGGCCUGUGUGAUCUCAGUCCAGAGUCAGAUAUACGUCUGCUGGAGACAGUAGUCACCUACAGCUGCUCAGGGUGGCAAGAUGAAGAAAGCAGGGCCUCUCAGCUGAUCUAUACCUUCCAGGCAUCACUAUGCCAGUCCACUGGCACGGUGUGCCCCCUGCUCACAUUGUACAGGGGUACCCGUGCAACAUUUGGCAGCCUGGUUCCAAUGGGAAGUCCUGAGCGAGAAAAAAACACGUCAGUCAUCACAGUUACACUGCUGGUAGAGGACCACCUGGGGGCAAAGGUCAUUGCUCUGAACAGAAAGUUGACAGUUGAAACUCCUCCAAGGGACAAAGUUGCCAGUCAGUGGCUGAGAAACAAGAGCCAGAUAGAGCUGUGGGCUUUGGUCCAACAUGGCAACCCUCAAGAGAUCAUCCCUUAUUCCAUUGCCCUCACCAGCCAGCUCAAUCAGAUGGAGUCCGGACGGACCGCCACGGAGCUUAUGGACAGAAGGGAGAUCCGUGAAAAUGUGACCCAAGCCCUGGCCUCUCUCCCCGUGUCCUCAAUGCUGAAUGUCAAUCAGAUCAGCUCAGCGUUGUCACAGUCUACUGCUGUUCCCAGUGAAUUGGUAUGUGAAAAGUGCCAGCAGAAGGUUCUGGAAGCGGUGGGGAAGAUGAUCCAUGUCAUGGAGGAACAGAUGAGUCCUGGUGUUUUGUCCGCUCUGGAAACAGGGAGGGACAUCCUGAACAUCAUAGGUAGCACGCUGGCGGCCGUGUCUCAGUCUGCCAGUGCUUCCAGUUCUCACCCAGCUCACUCCGGCACCCUGAACUCGGCUCCCACGAUCACCCUGUCGGCGCUGGCUCACGCUGGGGCCCUGAUGCGCUCUCUGAUGCACUCACGUGUUCACGGCGAGACGCCCCUUUCGCUUUCCACUCCUUAUAUCAACACGGUGGGUUUCCAUGGAGACCCCUCCGACCUCCUCUGCACGCAGAAGUCCAACCGAAUCCAGACUGCGCCCUCGAAGAGUUCUCGGCCAUGUCAGUUCCACAUCCCCGCCUCCCUCACCGCUCGCCUGAAGAGUCAGAAGUCCGAGGUGGUGCAGGUACUGUUUGGUAUGGAUGCGGAGUUGGGGGCCAACGCAUUGCUGACCGUGGCCGACCCUCCGAUUUCCACGGCUCUGGUUGCCAUGGAGCUGACCACGCCUCGGGGCCAGCCCAUACCCAUCCAGGAUCUGGAUCCCAAACAGGCCAUACGGGUCACCCUGCCCAACAAAUACCCUGUGGGACAGGACAAUGGGGGUGGAGAUGGGAGGGUAGGUGAAGCUGGCAAUGGGACGUGUCUUACCGUGACUCUCCCCAACGAAGGCAGGUUGAACCUCACAGUCAGAGCUGUGAAUGGACUGGACGAAAACGCAGGUUUAUACGUCUCCUUCCAUUUCAGUCUGGACCCAGGAGCUACUCCAGUGAGUCUGGGACAAGUCACGAUAGAAGUGAGCUCCACGGCGCCGGGGACGAACGCAUCCCGGGAUGCCCUGGUGAGAGUGCGGGCCCUCGCUCUCUCCGCUCCAGCCUCCUCCGCGGAGGAAACCAUCUUCCUGUCCCCGCUCUCGCUGUGCCGGUACUACAGCGUGGAGGAGAGGCGUUGGAGCAGUGACGGUCUCCGGCCACUGGAGGGCAGCACGCUCCACGCGGCGCACUGCCUCACCCGCCACCUCACCAUAUUCGGCGCCAGCAUGUUUGUUCAUCCCGGGGCUGUUGUUCUGCUGCCACCGCCAGGCGGUCCCAUGCGUAACAUGGUGGUGGGCAUUGUGUGCGCUGUCCUGGUUCUGAUUCACCUGCUGGUGGGGCUCAUCGCCCAUAAACUGGACCACUUGGACAGCUUGAGGCUCAGCCAGGUCCCUCUGUGUGGCCGGCCGGGGCUGUACCACUACAGAGUGCUGGUAAAGACCGGCUGGAGGCGAAGAGCAGGCACCACAGCACAUGUUGGCAUCAGCCUGUACGGUGUGACCAAGAGCGGCUCUCGUCAUCUGCAGAGGGAUGGAGCUUUUCAGCGUGGCAGCCUGGACCAAUUUCACCUGGAGACAGAUGACAACCUGGGAGAAAUUUGGAAAAUUCGUAUCUGGCAUGAUAACACAGGUCUGCACCCGUCCUGGUACGUUCAGCACGUGGUGGUUUGGGACCCUCAGACAGACCACAUGUUCUUCUUCCUGCUGGAGGACUGGCUCUCUGUGGAGAAUCAGAAGAACGGCUCUGUGGAGAAAGAAGUUCUGGCCUCAUGCCCAGAGGAGCUUUCUCAGUUUCGACGGGUCUUCGCCUCCCAGCUGACGUUUGGGAUGUUCGAGCGCCACCUGUGGCUGUCGCUGUGGGAACGCCCGGCCCACAGCCGUUUCACCAGGGGUCAGAGGGUCACAUGCAGUGCUCUUAUGCUGUAUCUCUACCUGGCACUGGGAGCUCUGUGGUACGGGGCUGUUGGCUCAGAGGGGCACAGAGGACCGGUGUCAGCCCAGCUGCUGGUUAGCGUGGAGGCGGUUGCCGUGGGGAUGACUGUUGCUGUACUGGUGUUUCCUCUCCAGUGUUUCCUCUGUUUCCUGUUUAGGAAAGCUCACAGUCAGGUAACCGUGGACCUGUCAGUUCCUCCUUCUCCUGUUUGUCACUCUGUGGAAAUGGACGUUUACCUCGGCCAAUCGGCGCUCUGGGGAACUUCCUUCCUGUCUCUGUCAGACUCCUCUGGUCCAGCGAGGGACAGUCCUUCAUCUUUAAUGGAGAGCAAGGCGUUCGACUCCAGUAUUCUGGACUUUUGGGCUACAUCUGGCUUGGCGCCCCACACAGAUGGAGCGUGUCAAGAGGAGGGCGUGGUGGGCACAUGGCCGUCCUGCGACAGCCUCCUCAAUCUACCAGCGAGCCCAAGCCUCACCAAGAUGACCCCUGCCCCCAACCUCUGCAAGGCUUCACCUGCUCUGGGCCCCGCACGCCAGCUGAGGAGAAAAAAGGCCCUGAUGCAGCUCCGGCUGGCCUCGCCCUCCUCCCCUCCAAAAGACAUUUCCAGUUCUCACCAAUCGUCUCCAUCACUGGACAAAAAGGCCCACGCCAUAAAAAACAGCUUACAGCAAGCUCACAACAACAAUCUGACUCUGUCUGAGGAGGAUCUACUGAUGUCUAUAGCAGCAGCAGAUACAACAAACAGCAACUCAGACAGCGGCUGGGAUUCCCCGAGAACCACCUCAUCGCUCUCAACCACCCGGAGCACCUCCUGCAGCAGCUGGUCAGAGCAGAGUGAGGAGAUCCACAAGCCAGAUCCGCAGUCCUGUCCGACCCCGUAUGGCGCCGCACUCUACAGGUGUCCCUCCGUCCUAUCGGUAGACUCCGUGGCCAGCACCUUCCUGCCGAGCCCGUCCCCUGACUCCGCGCGCUCCUCCUUCACCACGCGCAUAGGAGUUGCUCGGGGUCGGCCCAGCUGGCUGCUCCCUCCCUGGGCCCUGCGUGUGAUUUACCCCCUGGUGGCCGCGCUGCUGGGAGCGUGCCUGGCUGUGGUCGGCCUCUACGGGAGCUUCCUGUCCAGAGCAGUCGUCCUCAUGUGGCUUGUGUCCGCUCUCUCGGCCUUCCUGGCCUCUGCGCUGCUGCUGGAACCUCUCAAGGUGUGCGUGCAGGCGCUAAUCCACACAGCACUGUGGAGGCCCGUGGAUGCAGAGGUGGAGGAGCAGCUGGCUCAGCAGAGCACCGUGGCGAGGGCGUUCGGGGAGCAAGGGGGCAAGGUCCGGCCACCAUGUGGCUACGGGCUGCUGCAGGCCAAAGAGGAGGCCCGCAAAGUCCGAGCUCUGCGAUCCCUCAUGGCGCACUGCGUGUGCCAGCUGUUCUUCCUGUUGCUGGUGCUGAUGGUGAACUACCAGGACGGCGUGGAGCAGAGGCAGGCCAGGCUGCUGCACUCCGCUGUCAGACGCCGGCUUCUCACGGCACCCUCAGGGUCCCUGAACGUCACAUCCCUCACCGACUGGUCGGACGCAGAGCGGUGGAUCAACCACUCCUUGGUGACGCACCUGCACCAGAACCCUACGCUGCGCCUUGUCGGACGGCCGCGGCUGCAGUGCACACGUCCCCUCCGUCCCGUGGAAAGUGUCUUUCUGGGAAACGGCAGUGUGGCAACGCGCCAGCUCCUGGCUGACUUGCACAUGGCCGAUUGGGGCAAGAGACAGUUUAAAGCCCUUUCUAUGGACUUCACACACUACCACAGAGAGUCUGGUUUAUUUGUGUGCGUGUCCGUGCAACUAGAGUGGGCUCAGACACAGCGAGUCAACCCCUCUCUCUCCAUCCAUCCACUCCUCAUCCCUUCGUCCCUGUCUGGACUGGACCUGCAGGUGGCACUCACGGUUCUCCUUCUCCUCUCUGCUCUCCUCCUCUUGUUCGGAGAGCUGUGGUCCGUGGCCACUGAGCGUGUCCGGGCUCUGCCUCAAUGCAAACACUGGUUCCAGCUUCUCCUGGCCUUGUUGUCCCUGGCAACGGCUAUCCUGCAGUUCUGCUCCCUGUCCCAGGCCACCUGCUGUGUUUCCAAGCUUCGAUCCCAACCGGACAGCUUCAUCAACUUCCACAGUGCUGCCCGCCUGGCACAGCGCUGUUCUCAGUGUGCCGCUGUCCUGCUCACUCUACUCGUUCUCAAGCUGCUGGGAACCUUGAGGUUUGUGCGGAGGUGGGUGGUGUUCGGCAGGGUGCUGCAGAGGGCCUGGAGGGAGCUGUGGGCCCUGGCUGCCCUGCUGCUGUUGCUGCUGCUGCUGUGCAUUCACCUCGGGAACACGCUCUUCUCCUGUUCUGUGGAGGGUUUCCUGUCAGUGCGUCAGACCGGGGUCUCAGUGCUGUCCAUCCUCCGUGGCCGAAUGGUUCUCCGUAGACUUUGCAGGGUCCACCCAGUCCUGGGCCCCGUCUAUGGGCUGCUAGUGAUGGCGGGCAGUGUUUGGCUCUUAGCCAGACUCUGUGGAGCUGUUCUCAUCCGUACAUACAGGGCAGUGCAGGCCGAGCUGUACUGUCCAACUAUUGAACCCCAGGACUAUGAGAUGGUGGAGUUCUUCAUUAAGAGACUCAAACUGUGGAUGGGACUCACUAAAGCCAAAGAGUUCAGGCACAGGGUGAAGUUCAAAGGUAUGGACGUCCCUCCCUCCAGGUCCUCACAGGAAUCCCGUCUCUCUACCAUGUCUUCCACCCUCCCCUCUUCCCGCUCCCCUUCCCUGUCUUCCUCACUUUCAUCCCCCCGUCCCCUGUCCUCGUCUCUCUCCACGAGGUCUGAGGACUCAUCGGUGUCCGAUGCUGGGUUCGACGUCCAGCCCUACCUGGACCGCCUGCUGCCCUGCGUCAGGACACUGCUGUCUCGUUUUGACCAGGUCAAUCAGAUAACUGAGGACGUCCACAUCCUGGAAAUGAAACUAGAAGAGGCUCAGGAGAGGAGGCGGAAGAAGUGGAUCAGUAACAAGGGCAACAGUCGAGAAAUGUUCGGAGAACCGGAAAGGCCAAAGGAACUGGAAGGGGAAGGAAGGGAAGCAGGAGAAGUGAGACACAGGAAGAGAGGCGUUAUUUACCCCAAGCCGCGAGUCUCCCUUCCAUCCUCCUUCUCCUUCACCCCCUCCACGCCUCACUCCUCUGCCGCAUCGGUCUGCAGAUUCCCCUGGAUGCGGCGGAUUCCCCCGCAGGAGAGCUUGGCAUUCUGGGAGCUCUCAUUCGGCUGA